AUGCAUCGCGAAAAAGGGAAGGGCCGCCCACAACUUCCCGGCCCAGGCCACAUAUCUUGUGGCGGUGCACAGCCAGCAUCGGUCCUUCCAGAGUCCAAGAUGAAUAACAUCCCUUCCAACAACAUAACAUUUCUGUUCUCAAACGAUGAUUCCGUUCGCAGCAAAGCAGGUGCUGGCAGAGUUGUGGCCCGGCCCGUAUUCAUAGACAUGAGAGAACGCCCCGCCAUGCUUGAGAGGCUUUGGGAGUCUCGCAACAUCUUGAUCAUUCCCGGCUCAGAUUGUCUCGAUGCCAGCCAUGGCGUAGAUUGUACCUCGAUGCUGACGCUCGGCACGCGUUUCGACCCCAGGACAAUAAACAAUCGACAGCGCGAGGAUUUGGGUCAUGUAGCGUCGGAUGAACCACUGGCACCUUGUAUUCAAGUCGUUACCUCGUUGAACACAUCGGCCUCGAAUGUUACGCAACGGACAUGCCUGGCUCUGGUUGGUAUUCGUGCGGAUACAUGGAACACGGCGUGGUCACCGACCGUUGACACUGGUGCAGCGGAUCCCAGCAGCCGUCAAGGCUCCUUGCUGGCAGCAGAAGCAACACUUCUGAGCACACAAGUUUGGAAAAGACCAAGUCGAGGCUACAGAUGCCUACUACGACGGGCUGUCCUACAAUUUCGUCGUCCUGAAACCAUGGGGAUGCAGGGGAACCUUUCCAACAACGUCGUCCAAGCUUCUGCCGCUAAACAUCUUCUCACCGACACGGAUGACUGCCAAGGAAAGCUGUUGGGGGCAUCUUUCGUCGUCCUGACGCUCACAGCGCUGGGCCCCCACUGUUUGCGGUCGGGUCGUUCGUUGCAUGGACUCGAGAAUCGAACGCACGCCAAAAAUCUCGACAACAACAGCCACGCUGCGUUGCUGCCCACCAAACCCCACGAUCCCGCUCAAAGUUUGAAUUACCAGAAUGCAAUCUCAUCAGAGGUCUCAGCAGCAAGCCAUGGCGAACCUUGUUUAUCAUCGUCUAAUGUCCGACGCGAUCAACACACCAGGAAAAAGCAUGGACGACAUUUUUCAACCAUUUGCUUUUUGGCUGCAGUAAGGCUGGGCACCUUCGACGGUAACGGCCGUUUGUUUGCACUCUACGGAUACAAUCUUUCUAUUCUUGUCCCACAUGUCGCCUCCCCGAGCUCGCCGGCUGUAACUCCCGCGCCUCAGUUUCUUCGUCAGAAUCUUCGUAUGCCUCAGCUCCCCACCACAACAGCGCCAAACCUCCCCUGUCCUAGUCCCGCGCCCUCAGCUCGAGCUAAUGGCACAGACAAUGUUUCCCAGAUUCCCAGCAUUCUCGCGUUUGCUUCCCUUCACAAGGUCUCGGCCAGAGCGAUUGAAUGUCGCCGGUCCAGUAGACCAUCAUCCGCAAGGUACAACCCCUCCUCUUUCUGUUCGCGCCCUACGUCCCCCGGCAAUAGCCCUGGCCUAAACGGAACACCUGCCAUCUCCUCCUCCGCCAGAAUGAAAGGCAAAGGUUACCACGGCUGCUACAAGACCGAUGACACGAGGCAUCGUGUAUCCGACUGUCAAAUUUCAAGCUGCCGUGUCUUAAAUCGGCCGGCCCCCGUAAAGCACCCCCCCAAAGCACCCCUGGGCUUCCGGAUGACUGCGACGGGCGGGAGAUGGGCAUUGACUAACGGCCGGAGCAAGAAGCUGCAAGGCGUGGCGCGGACUAACGCCGUCACCCUUGGGCUUCUGAUGGGAGCAGAAUGCUCGUGUGCGAAAGACUCGACCCCACUGCAUUCCAAGUCUCUUGGCCUCUUUUCCGCUUUCCCGCCCUCUUUACUCGUUCCUCACUUGUUUCCUCCCUGUGUCCCCUUUGCUACCUUUUCAACCUCUAUCGCUGCCUUCAACAAAGCGACGAUCUGGGUACCCAAUUUCAUCAGAUAUCUCGGCCAAAGUCAAAAGUCACCGACAAAACAUCCACAACAAACAAACACCAACUCGGCCAGCUCUUCCUGUCUAUUACAUCCAAACGGGGAAAAAAUGCAGUUUCCCGCGGUAUUCUCCAUGGUUCUCGCCGUCGCCUCUCUCGGCGCCUUCGUCCAGGCUCGCCCGUCUCCCUGUCCCGAUUGGAAGCGAGAUGACAUCCUCAACGGCAAGGCCAGCCCUGAGGUUUGCUGCUCAUACGGCGUCUGCAAGGGCGACGUCGUCGUCAUGAGCGGCCCUGCCUGCUCCCCCCACCACCACCCAACACAACACCCCUACCUAUCAUACAAAGCCAGACAGUCGACUAGAAAAAGGACGACAUGCACAUAUCGGCAUUUACAUAUGGGCCCCCAUCCUCCCAAACAACAAAAGAUGCAGAUGCACGCAGCACAUCCACCACACUUUCCGUGUGGCCAUGCCGCAUCUUUCGUCGGGUAUCUUGACGUGCUUGAGGAUAUUCCUCUUCCUCUCUUUUGGACGAAUGGGAAGAGUCGGUCGGAGUUCCGCUGCCCCCUCCUCACCCUCACCCUCUCGGCUUUCAAGAAGAUGUUUCUUGGGUGGUCGGGCGGCGGAUUAUUAGGUCAUCUUAUCGAGAAAAUUGUCAUGGUCUUGACAGAUCACACCAUCAUCAAUCACAUGCUCAAAGCCAAAAGUAAAGACACUAUGAAAUUCAGACUUAUUUUCAGAAACGGGAUACGGGUCCACGAGAUGCAAGAAAACGCAUGUUUGUUGCUGACUGGGGCGCCUCUCGGAGACAUUCCCUCUUCUCUCUCUUCGCUCACGCUUCGCUCACUUUCCCCCCUCCACGUUGCGCGUCCAUUGGCCACUGUCUCGUAUCGCGAACAUCGGUCCAUCGGACAGACCGCAUUCGUCGAUUUUCCACGAGUUCGUUUGCCAACCUUGAAGGUUGAGCCCCAUCACGUGCAUGGUGAGCUGAUGCCAAUGCUUCAAGAGGCCGUUCCGGCGAGAAAUGUCUCUGUCGAGACGACGAACCCGUAUGAGCCCUACGGCAAGGCUUAG